AUGUUACCCACGUGUGCGAACGUGCCCAAAGAAAGAAUACAAGGUACUAUCAUCAACCUUUGCUAUUCUACCAUAUCUCCGAAUGUGAUUCACCUCUACCUACAAGAAAAUGACUUGGUCAGUCAUAUCUCGCUCUACCCUCCUCGCAGAACUUCAAGGAUUAAUCUUCCCAAUCUUUACUCCGGUCUUCUUUAUUACACCGUAUUUCACUUCUUACUGUCCUGCCUCUCGAUACCUUCGAUGGACCCAAUGGUCGCAAUUAAAAGUGAGGCGAGGGUCAUAGCGAGCGUACCGAUUACGUGGAAGCGAUUGACGAUCGCCGCGGCCGGAAGUAGCACGGAUCCAGCGUGGUUCGGACACGAAAACGCACUCACCAAACGGGAUACAAAAGGUUCGAUGUUUCUCGCACGAUUGACACCGUUCCUUGCUCGACGAUCAGAGGCUUCAUGCAUGAACGACGAGCCACGGGUAGACAUGGCUCGUGAUUUCCACCGGAAACGAACUGGCCGAGGGUGA